AUGCUUGGUACAUUGUGGAGUAUCCCUCCAUCCAAAUAUCCUGCAAAGACAGUUCUUGUAUGCUUACCUGAGAAGUCAAUUUAUCAUGAGUUUGACAAGUAUCCUGUAACAACAAUCCAUUACAUGCCAGUGUGGAGUGACAAUGAGGUCAGUUCAUGUAGGGCAAAGAUUUUUCCUCAUCAUGAUCCAACACUGGUUGAGGAAUUGUUCAGAAAGUGGGGUGGAAUCCCUCGAUUUGUUCUUGAAAAAGCUGAUGACUACCCUCAGCAAAAAAACCUUGAUGAUGAAAUUAGUAAAUGUGAUACAAGUUUGUUUAACUAUGUUGGUGACACUAAUAAUUAUGAUGGGGUAAUCCACAUCCACACAAACUCUCCAGAUGAGGAAAACCUUGAUGUUUCAAAACAUUACCAGAAAAAAGUCCUACAGUUUGCAUCUCAAUAUGUAAGUGAAAAGGUUAUGACCAAAAUCAAAAGCCAUUUCAAGGAAGAUUUAUGCAAAUUUCUGAUGGCUGACAUGCCACGACUUGGUACAAUUCGUGGUGCCCUAUUUGAGGAAGUUGCACAUCAGAUUCUGAUACAUGGAGGAAGGUUCAAGUAUCGCCAUUUAGAUUCUAUAACUACUUCUGACAUUAAGCACAUUCUACUGGAUAAGCAGAAUUGCAUUGAAUUUCAAGAAAUUAGUCAGAUUGAGGAUGACAAAUACUGCCGGCCACUACAAAAGAAUUUCACAUCUGUUGAUGCAAUCAUUGCACCAACAAUGCUCUUCCAGAUGACCUAUUGCCCAAAUCAUCCAAUUAAGAUCAGUGGGUUAAAAUCUCUUCAAGAAAAGUUAGGUGGUCCAAAUGCACAACAUGAAAUCAUGUUUUUUUUUGUUCUACCAAAGCAACUAUACUUGAGUUUCCAGAAACAACAAUUUCUUACUUUAAAGAAUACUGCUAAUGAACAAAAGCCAGCUUGGAUAACUAGAUGCAUUAAGCAGUAUGCCUUAGAAAUUGACUUGGAUUCGGUGACAGAAAUAAGACAGGUCUAA